CACCAGAGAUCCUUAAGUGCUCCAUGGAUGAAACCCACCCUGGCUACAGCAAGGAAGUUGAUCUGGAACGGAAGUGCCGCCGCCUCUUUCCUGACGUCUCCGGAGGCUCCCUACCCGGUUUCUGUCCACUGCGACCAUGUCUGGACCCGGCAACAAACGCGCCGCUGGCGAUGGGGGCUCAGGACCCCCGGAGAAGCUCAGCCGCGAGGAAAAGACCACGACGACUCUGAUAGAGCCCAUUCGUCUCGGAGGCAUUUCCUCCACGGAGGAAAUGGACUUGAAAGUUCUGCAGUUCAAGAACAAGAAACUAGCAGAGCGCUUGGAGCAGCGACAAGCUUGUGAAGAUGAACUUCGAGAGCGAAUUGAGAAACUAGAGAAGCGGCAGGCUACCGAUGAUGCUACUCUUCUCAUUGUCAAUCGCUACUGGGCCCAGCUGGAUGAAACUGUGGAAACCCUUCUCCGACACCAUGAAAACCAGGGGGAGCUGUCUUCAGGGACAGAGGUGCCCGGAACACAGGAGGGGCCAGUGCAUGAUGAAAUUCUACUGACUGAGCCAGGGACAUCAGAACUGAGGGAUCCCCUGCCAGUGCAGUUGCGGCCUCCCCUCAGUGAGCCAGCUUUGGCUUUCGUGGUGGCCCUGGGUGCUAGCAGUAGUGAGGAGGUAGAGCUGCAGCUACAGGGCCGUAUGGAAUUCUCCAAGGCAGCGGUGUCCCGUGUUGUAGAAGCCUCAGACUGCCUGCAGCGCCAGGUGGAGGGACUCUGUCAGCGAGUAUACAGCCGAGGGGACAGUGAGCUGUCCAAUGAGGGGGCUCGGGCACGCACCCGGGAGCUGGGCCGUGAGAACCGACGACUACAGGACUUGGCUACCCAGCUACAGGAGAAGCACCACCGGAUCUCUUUGGAGUACUCUGAGCUCCAAGACAAAGUGACAUCAUCAGAGACAAAGGUGCUAGAGAUGGAGACUACAGUAGAGGACCUGCAGUGGGACAUUGAGAAGCUGCGCAAGCGUGAGCAGAAGCUCAAUAAGCACCUAGCAGAGGCCUUGGAGCAACUCAACUCUGGCUACUAUGUGUCUGGGAGCUCCUCAGGCUUCCAGGGGGGUCAAAUCACACUCAGCAUGCAGAAGUUUGAGAUGCUGAAUGCAGAGUUAGAAGAAAACCAAGAAUUGGCCAACAGCCGCAUGGCAGAGCUGGAGAAGUUGCAGGCCGAACUCCAGGGGGCUGUGCGGACUAAUGAGCGUCUCAAGGUGGCCCUUCGGAGCCUUCCUGAGGAGGUAGUACGGGAGACGGGCGAAUAUCGGAUGCUGCAGGCUCAGUUCUCACUUCUCUACAAUGAGUCUUUGCAAGUGAAGACCCAGCUGGAUGAGGCCCGGGGCCUGUUGCUAGCCACCAAGAAUUCCCACCUGAGGCAUAUUGAGCAUAUGGAGAGUGAUGAGCUGGGACUACAAAAGAAGCUGCGUACAGAGGUGAUCCAGCUGGAGGACACGCUGGCCCAGGUACGAAAGGAGUAUGAGAUGCUGCGCAUCGAGUUUGAACAGAACCUGGCAGCCAAUGAGCAGGCAGGGCCCAUCAACCGGGAGAUGCGCCACCUGAUCAGCAGCCUCCAAAACCAUAAUCAUCAGCUGAAGGGAGACGCCCAGCGGUAUAAGCGGAAGCUUCGGGAAGUACAGGCUGAGAUCGGCAAACUCCGGGCCCAGGCCAGUGGCUCUGCCCAUUCCAUCCCCAGUGUGGGCCAUCCAGAGGACUCUAGUGUCAGUACCCCAGUUCCAGGGAAAGAAGAAGGAGGGCCGGGCCCUUUAGGUGUCCCAGAGAACAGGAAGGAAUUGGCAGCAGUGCCUAGUGCUGCCACUACUCCAUCCUCAAUGAAAAAGGAGGAGCCUCUCCCUGCAGAGGACGAGGUCCAAGCUGGCACCCCUGGCUCCCAAGGUCCCUCCUCCCGGAUCCGAGAACCUGAGGUCAGGCCCAAGCGGGAGCUUCGGGAGCGGGAAGGACCUGGCCUGGGAGCCCCAUCGGUAGCUUCAGCUCUCUCACGGGCUGAUCGGGAGAAGGCCAAGAUGGAGGAGGCCAAGAGGAAGGAGCCAGAGCUCCUCAAAGGUCUCCGAGCAGAGCUCAAGAAGGCCCAGGAAAGCCAGAAGGAGAUGAAACUGUUGCUGGACAUGUACAAGUCAGCGCCCAAGGAACAGCGGGAUAAGGUGCAGCUCAUGGCAGCUGAACGAAAGGCCAAGGCAGAGGUCGAUGAAUUGCGGAGCCGCAUCCGGGAAUUGGAGGAAAGAGAUAGAAGGGAGAGCAAGAAGAUUGCAGAUGAAGAUGCCCUGCGGCGUAUACGGCAAGCAGAGGAGCAGAUAGAACAUCUGCAACGGAAGCUGGGAGCCACCAAGCAGGAGGAGGAGGCACUGCUGUCAGAGAUGGAUGUGACAGGACAGGCUUUUGAGGACAUGCAGGAGCAAAAUGGGCGGCUUCUUCAACAAUUGCGGGAGAAGGAUGAUGCCAACUUUAAGCUGAUGUCAGAGCGGAUCAAGGCCAACCAGAUCCACAAGCUACUGCGCGAGGAGAAGGAUGAGCUGGGAGAGCAGGUUCUGGGCCUUAAGUCCCAGGUGGAUGCCCAGCUGCUGACCGUGCAGAAGUUGGAAGAGAAGGAGCGGGCCUUACAGGGCAACCUUGGUGGUGUAGAGAAGGAGCUGACUCUGCGCAGCCAGGCCCUGGAGCUCAACAAGAGGAAGGCUGUGGAAGCAGCGCAGCUGGCCGAGGACCUGAAGGUGCAGCUGGAACAUGUGCAGACGAGACUGCGGGAGAUCCAGCCGUGCCUGGCAGAGAGUAGGGCAGCUCGGGAGAAAGAAAGCUUCAACCUCAAGAGGGCACAGGAGGACAUCUCACGACUGCGGCGCAAGCUGGAGAAGCAGAGGAAGGUAGAGGUUUAUGCAGACGCUGACGAAAUCCUCCAGGAAGAGAUCAAGGAGUACAAGGCGCGGCUGACCUGUCCCUGCUGUAACACCCGCAAGAAGGAUGCAGUCCUUACUAAGUGCUUCCACGUUUUCUGCUUCGAGUGUGUGCGGGGCCGUUAUGAGGCCCGCCAGAGGAAGUGCCCCAAGUGCAACGCAGCGUUUGGUGCCCACGACUUUCAUCGUGUCUACAUCAGCUGAACCCAUACCUCAGGGAACUUUGGAACCUAUGGACUCUGGAGGCUGUGCCCCCAGUUCCUCCACACCCUGUCCUUCCAUUCUGGACCCUGUGGGCCCAACAACCCCCUCAACCCCCACCUGGUUGGGGGAGAAUGCUCCAGAACAUCAUCUGGAACGGAUUCAGCCAAGCAUGUGGGGCCUCCACUCUGCAGAAAGGUUGGCUGCGAGGGGUCUGAGGGCCACAGGACACUCAACUGUGCCUAUGGAUGUGGCCAAACCCUUCUAUUAGUCUAUUCUUUCUAUCCAGACCCAGCCCAGCCUUGAAGGGAAUUCCCCAGGCUUUGACCUCCCCCACAAACUGGCUUACAACUCCCAAGGAGGACCAAGUGUGGGCCUCUGAGCCGAAACCUCCAACCCGGGAAGACCUUUUGUCCUAGUCGGGCAGGACUUCUCUCCGUGGGUUCCCUAGACAUUCGGGUCAGCUUUGAGUGCUGAGUGUUUGAUAGGGAUACCAUCCUUUCUCCAGGCCAUUCUCUCAUCUUGGAAGUGCCAGUCCAGGAGUGAGUCUUUGUUGGAAUCAUGCCCCCUUCCAGUCUCAAGCCCACUUAACCCCCUCUAGUGCAUCCCAGUGCACUGGGUCUCUGGACUUGACUUCUUUCAUCCUGGUGGCCUUAAUUGCACAGGAAGCAGAAUUUCCCAGAUGGGGAAAGGACAGACUAGCCUCUGGGCCAACUUCCGAUCAUUCCAGGUAGAAGAGCUUCAUUAAGGCCCUGUGAUGAGCAUGUACCAAGGAAGCUCCCAGUAACUGCCUUCCCAGGCAAACCCUGGGUUGUGGAAACUGAAGCUCCAAAGGGCCUGAAGAAGAGCUGCUGACAGGCAAGGGUCCCUUUGGACCACUGCCUCUCCAGUGAUGUCUUGUAAAGGCUAUUAAA